UCACCUUCUCACCAUUCAAUUCCCUCCACUCCACAGGUCGUCAACAAGUCGAUCCCUAGCUAAUAUAAUCUUGCACUGUAGUUUCAAGUACAAACAGCCAGACCUGCUGCUUGCAGACUGCAUGCUCCAUUGCUUCGGUUAGUUGAUCCAGUGACCAGUGAUAUAUAUAUAUAUGUAUGCAUAGGAGAAUCAAUUGAAGACAGCAAGCUCAAGAAGUGAAGAAGGAGGAGGAUGUCUGACUGGGGCCCCGUGGUGAUCGCGGUGGUGCUGUUCGUGCUCCUCUCGCCGGGGCUGCUCAUCCAGCUCCCCGGGCGGCACGACUUUGUGGAGUUCGGCAAGCUGCACACCAGCGCCGUGGCCAUCCUCGUCCACGCCAUCAUCUACUUCGCGCUCAUCACCCUCUUCGUUAUCGUCAUCGGAGUACACAUCACCACCGACUAGCUGCUGCUAGCUAAUUCAUCCAUCGAUCCGCACGUGGCUGCACCUGCAUGCACGAUGUCAUCGUACGUUGAUGAGAUGCAUCGAUCGAUCGUAUACCUGUCCAUGCAUGCGCGCUGAUCAAGCUAGUAUAUAUCUUAUCUAUUACACACUAGUCGUCCUUGUUAUAUAGUAUAUCGUGAUUCGUAAGUACUACUACUCGAUCUCCUUCCAAUACUGCUGCUAUAGGUGCACCUCAGUACCCAUCAUCAUCAUCGUAUCAUCUUUUGAUUCUGUUUCUGUUUCUUCUUCCUCCGAUAUAAUCGACAUAACAACAACCUGAUCGAUCUUGUUGGAGACUGAUCCCUGCCCGGCCCUCUUCUUUUUCGUUCCUUAAUUUCUGUGCAUGCAUAUCUUAUUUGUUUAGUUCUGCUUAUGAGCCAGCCUUUGAUCGCCACUGUCCUCCAGCAUUUUAUUUUACUCCAGACAAGACAGCAGGGUCUUGCCUGCUUCUGAAUUUGUGGUACCAUGAUUCGCUUUGUAUGGUGAGGAUAUUCGGGGAGUGGUAGAUUGUUGGUGCGCGCCUGAUGUUUUGUGCCAUUGUCGGCCAGCAUUUUUGUAUUACCUCCGGUGAGGAUUUUUGGUUGGCUGCGUUCUACGAAACAUCAUGCAUGAUUGGACAUCUGGAACGGAAUCAAUUCCCUUUUGGUGUU